CCAGCGUUCAGUGGAAUCCAUCUGUCAUCUUAUCUACUCAAGAGAAUUAAAUCAAAAUGGGAAAGCCCAAUGGAAUCCGUACCGGUCGUAAGCUUCGAAUCCACCGAAGAAACCAGCGUUGGAAUGAUUUGAAGUACUGCAAGGCCAACUCUGUCACCGCCAUGAAGGCCAACCCCAUGGGAGGAUCCACCAUGGCCAAGGGAAUUGUGCUGGAAAAGAUUGGAAUUGAAGCCAAGCAGCCCAACUCAGCCAUUCGUAAGUGCGUCCGUGUGCAGCUCAUCAAGAACGGAAAAAAGAUUGCCGCCUUUGUCCCUCGUGAUGGUUGUCUCAACUACAUUGACGAGAAUGACGAAGUCUUGAUUGCUGGUUUCGGUCGAUCCGGACACGCUGUAGGUGAUAUUCCCGGAGUACGAUUCAAGGUAGUCAAAGUUGCCGGUGUAUCACUCUGGGCCUUGUAUAAGGAAAAGAAGGAGAAGCCGCGUUCGUAAAUAUUAUAGCACAAGCAGAACUUACUU